UUGCGGGGCCUGAGCCGCGGGUCCACCGGCGCCGCGCUCCACCCCGCUCCGCCGCCGCGUCCGCCGAGGGCCACCGUGCGUGACCGGGAGAGGCCGGGAGGCCCGCCCUGCUUUCAGGAACCAGAGCGAAGCGAGCGCCGGAGGUCGCGACCGCCCUGCCGCAAACCAGGCCGGUGGGAGAGGCUGCCUUUGACCCAGACUGCCGCCGCCACCGCCCCGCAGUCCCCGGGCUCCCGAGGGCACUGUUCAGACGCCAGCCUCCCGGGCCUCCAGGACAGCGGCUGCCGCGUCGCCGUCCCCGAAGCCCCGGGAAACAUCCGCCCUCUAGGAGACGAUGCUCGACGUACGAGGAAAACCACUUCCUGGAACCUCUGAGCUGUAGUUCAGCCUGGAGUUCCCGGCCACGGUCCAGGCGCAAACAUGCUCCACGCCACCAGCGAACUGGAGUUCUCAAGCGACAAAACUUCGGAGGGGAUCUCCCACCUCGCUUCCCUGGCGCUGUCGGCGGACUCCUCGCCCAGCGAAAAAAGCUCUCCUGGCUUACCCGAAAAAACGGGCUAUCCUGACUCCGUUUACGUUAUGGCCGCAAACAUUUUUCAGGGAAUUCGAUUCGAAAAGUCCCCGGAGCAAGUCUUAAUAAAGUACGGGAAUGAACCCUUGCGGUCCUUGCCCGAGUCAGAGGAUGAAGCCUUUCAGCGGUCGUCCUAUGAGCUGGCUUUCAGUGCCCUGAAGUUUCAAGAUAUUUUGGAAACUAUGUUAAUAGACAGCUAUAUCUUCCCAAGUACCACAAUACCAGAUCAUUUGAGCAGUCUUAUUAUUGUGAUGCUGUAUGAUUUCCAAGAUAGAAAAUUUCAAGCUCGUCUUUUUUCUGAUCAUGAAGAGCCCAUAGCAGAAGUUCAAGAAGUAGAGAACCUUCUUAACAGUUUUAAGACGAAAUUGGCUGCAGCUUUGGCAAGAUGCCGAAUCAAACAUGAUGCUCUUUCAAUAUACCACAUUCUUCCAGAAACUGUUAGGAACCAGGAACUAAGGGCCUCUACUUUGCCACUUUAUGCUUGGAUAAAUACUUGUAAAAUCAGUCCUGAAGACGUUUAUUAUAGUUUGAAGAAAAAAGGCUAUAACAAAGUCAACUCUGUAUUGCAUAUUGAUGAGAAAGUCUUUGCUGUGGACCAACAUUGCUAUGAUGUCUUAAUUUUUCCAUCUCAUCUCAAAAAUGAUCUUCUAAAUACAGAUCUUUUCAAAGAUUAUAAACUUAUAUUUCAGGACAAAUCUCGAAGUCUCGCUGUCCAUUCUGUAAAGGCUUUAUUAAAUAUGGAUGAUGAUAUCUUAAUGGUUAAUACAGGUUCAUGGUACACAGUUGCCCAUAUGUCAGUCUUAACAAAUAAUAAUACCUCAAAAAUAUUUGUGUGUGGAGUAAAAUCACAAGCUAAGGAUCCUGACCUGAAGAACCUUUUUACAAAAAUGGGAUGUAAAAAUAUUGAAAUACUUCAUGAGAGAUUUCUUAACAUUGAAUCAAAGGAUCAUAGAUUACAGAAAGUUAAAGUGAUUCUGCUGCUACCUCGUUGUUCAGGAUUGGGUGUUAGUAAUCCAGUGGAAUUUAUACUAAAUGAACAUGAAGAUACAGGUUUACUUAAAGAUUUCUCUCAAGGAGGCACAUCAGAAGAUAAACUUCACAUUCUUGCUCAACAGCAAUACGAACAGCUCAUACAUGCAAUGAAAUUUACUAAGGCUCAAGCAGUCGUUUACUGCACAUGUUCAGUCUACCCAGAAGAAAACGAAGCUGUCGUGAAGAAAGCACUAGAAUUUCAAGACCUUGGGAUUAAAGUACAGCCUUACAGGCUUAGUCCUCCUGUCCUUCCACUGUGCUCCUUAAAGGAAAUACAACUGUCUACUGAUAAAUUUUUCAGAAUGGAACCAUCUGGAAUUACCAACGGUUGUUUUCUUUCUGUUCUAACAAGGGAGCGGGACCCAUCUGAGACAGUGUCUGUGAAAGACGUUUUGGCCCGCGCUGCAGCAAAGGGUCUGCUGGAUGGAAUUGAGUUGGGUAAAUCUUCAAAACGGGAGAAGAAGAAGAAAAAAUCAAAAAUAUCUCUGCCGAAAGCUCCCACCAAUGACAAUAACAGCAUCCAAAUGAAAAUCACUGAGUUCCUGAAUCGAGAAACUAAUGUAAAUGCUAAUCGGUCAGAGAUACUAACAACAAAAACAUCUCUUCCACAGAAAAAUGCAACUUCAGGGGGCUUCUCCUUGCAGGUCAGAAAACCCAGCAAGCCUGCCACCAACCCCUUAGUGCCUACGUUUAUGAAGAACACAGCUCACCCCAGACCACACGAACGGCAGACAAACUUCCUAAGACCGCGCCCAGAAGGCAGAGUGAUUGCACUGAAACCUAUAGAGAUUGUUUUGCCUCCAGUAAUGUUGCCAUUUUCAAGUCCCCAGGGGAUCAAAUCUCAGAUACCAACUCAACAUUUUUACUAUCAUUGGGUUGCACCCAAGACUGGUCACUUUGCCUCACCAGCAAUAACCAGAAGAGGGGAAAAGCCUAAGGAAAACUCACCUUCCUCCCUACUCAGGCAUCCUCGACCAUGGCUUUGACUGGAUUUUUUUUCAGGGGUCAAGAGCAGUUGAUUUUUUUUUUUUUUUUUUUGGAAGUCUGAUAUUUCUCUGAAGGUUAGAUAACCCUACACAAGAUACUCACCCUUUGGGUCACUUAGUGUCUUCUACAUGUGAUAUUACCUUCAAGAGAAUGAAGACAAGUGAGAAACAAUAAUGUAGGCGACUCAACAAAAAGCCGAAGUCCUGUAUUUCAACAGCUCAGUGCUGAUCUGUUCCAGAACGUCUGGCUGCAGACCCAGGACCAGCUGUUAGAACUUGUCUCCCUCUUGCUAACUUUCAGUUGGGACUCGGGACACCGUUUUAAGAGGAAGUGGCAACAAUUUUUUCCUGAAGUGAAACACGGCCUUAUAACAGACUCGAGGCGGCUGUGAAGAAAGCGCAGAGAGGGAAAAGACGCUGGCCCCUCGCACUGACUUUAGCUUGCUUUUCCGUAUCUGUUCCGUUGUGGUUUGACAUUUUCAAUUACCAUGGGAGUCGAUUUUUUUCCUUAAGUAUCAAAAUAUUCUUAAACACAGGAUGGC